CAGAUGGUGAUGAGGAUAAUAUACGGGGAAUGAACACGGAGAAAGAGCACAUCUUGACUGAGACCACAAAGCACUGGAGAUAAGUUUCCCAAUGUUCCGGAACACAACCGAGAGGCUCCUCCCCACUGAGGACCCUCACUCAGAGCUGGAUUGGACCGAGUUGGACCCCUACAACUGUACACUACUGUACAACUACACUGCAGCCUGGGACUGGCUCUCCACCUACCAGCCAGCCUACCUGGUUCUGCUCAGUGUGGUGGGCGUGUUGGCCAACGGCCUGGUUCUCUAUGUCUUUUGCCUGCAGAGAAAGCUAUGCACCGUGGCCGAUGUCUACCUGGGCAACCUGGCCGCUGCCGACCUGGUCAUAGUGUCCUGUCUACCCUUCUGGGCCGCUACCAUUGCUAACGGCUACCACUGGGAGUUCGGCGAGCCAAUGUGCAAGCUGGUCAACGUGGCCAUCUCCAUGAACUACUACUGUAGUGUUUUCUUCCUGGUGCUGGUUAGUGUCGAUCGCUACCUAGCUCUGGUCCGGCCCAUGUGCCAAAGCCGACUGCGGAGGGCGUCCUGGGCCAAGCGCAUCUGCCUGGGGAUAUGGAUCAUGGGGUUCCUGCUGAGUUUGCCCAUCCUGUUCUUCCGCAAGGUGAAAUACGUGGCCAAGGCGGGGGUGACAGCCUGCUACUUGGCUUACCCCCAUCCAGACUGGGAGAUCCAGCGCAAUAUCACCAAUAACGUGGUUGGGUUCCUGCUUCCUGUGAUAGUGGUGGCGUACUGCAGUCGCCACAUUGUGAUCGCUCUGAAAAAUGGUCAGAUCAGAAAAACUCCUGGUGUGAGGUCAGAGAGGAAGGCCACACAACUGGUCCUGACUGUCCUCACAGUCUUCCUCAUCUGCUGGACACCCUACCAGGUGGUGCGCUUCCUGGACACACUGGAUUACUUCCAGGUCACUCCAGGUUGCCUCUGGGGUCACAUUCUGGACAUUAGCAUACAGCUGUCCACAUACCUGGCAUACGCCAACAGCGCCAUUAACCCUUUCCUGUAUGUCAUUGUGGGGAGACACUUCAGGAAGAGAGCAAAAGAAGUGUUCAGGACAAUGUUAAACCGCAGAUUGACAGAGAAAUCAUUCCUGACGGUCAAUUUCACCUCCAGUGGAAAACUGGACACUCAAAGGAUACAAUGUAAACAACUAGUGAAACAAACUGUGAUGAUACAAUGUGAACAACUUGUGAAACAAACUGUGACAUGACAAGAGUGUCUGUCUUGAAGUCUGUCCGUCCGUCCAUCUGAACUGAUCCAGACUGAACAUUUAAUCUUCAGCUGUUUUUACUUUUAAUUGUAAAUAUGUUCUUUCUUCUAAUCGGAUCGAUUUCCGUCAGUCGUUUGUGUGAGACCAAAUGAGGUGAACAAGUGAUCAGGGACUUCCAGAUGAUUUCUGUCUUUGUUAAACUUGUAAUUACCGGAGGACAUCUGUUCCGAAUCAUUAAGACCUUUAUUAAUACAAAUAGUCAAUUUAUCUGUCUACAAUAUUCUACCUCGUAAGCAAUCUAACUCCUGUUUUAAUUCCUUUGUUGAUUUAUGGAGAAAUACAGACUACAGACUCCAUUCGGGUGCACGACACUGAAGAUUUAUGCUGUAAUAUAGGCACUAAAUUACGACUGUCCGGUGUAGAAAAUGAAUCUAAAUGUGAUCUAUGAAGUCUUUUAUUGUCAUUGAGACCCUUUUCACUUUGAUGGAGUGUGCCACUAUGAGAAAUUAUUCUCCUAGAGCAGGACUACGAAUUGGACGUAUUGCACUGUGGACUAAUUUAAAUGUAAAAGGUCAUAUUGUCCUUUAAAAAGCUCAUAUAAUUUUUGCUUCUUGGCUACUAAAUCAAAAGAGGUUCUGGUUGAAAGGUCAGUAUUUCUUAUCAAUCCAGUGAAAAAAAAUAUUUCGUUAUUGCAUAAAAAUAACUUUUGUAUGUAUCAAAAUGCUGUCCAAUAAAUCAA